AUGGCAAGGUCCUUCCUGACCCUCGCCAUUGGCAACACUCAGGGUAUGGAAGAUGUCGAGUUCAGCAAGAUCUACGACUUCUAUUUGCCCCCGUCGUUCUUGCGAUUGCAGGACAGCCCAUCUGUGAACACGAUGUGGCGCAUCCUGGACAAGGGCGCCAGCAAUGGAGGCCUUGCGGCAGGUGCCAUGAAGCCCAAGCUUGGCAUGCAGCCAAAACCUUUCCGUGCGACCUCCUAUGCGCUUUGGCAAGGUGGAACAUACACCACAGCCGACUUGCAGGGAAACCAGGCCCCCAGCCAGACGAGUGAGGGCAUUCCGAAGGUCGUGAAGGCCAUGAGGUCGUGCGCCCAAGGGACUGAUGCUGCUAAGAGGCAUGCGGGUGGCAACGCUGAACGAAACGAGAUGGAUGCUCGUGGAAAGUACGUCCUAUCACAGUUUGGACCUUUCUCCGGAAAUUGUGUUUCGUUGGUGGCAGGAUAUGCAGCGGGAGGCAGUGCCCAGCACACUUUCCCCAAGCAGUUCGUGCAUUACCAUCGUGCAGGACAAGCAUCUACAAGCAGCCCCCAGACCCAGCGCGGCUACUCUGCUUUUGUGCACACAAAGAUCUCCCAAGUCAUCAGCUCCACCAGCAUCCACGCCGACACCAUGAGCUCCGGCAGGAUGCAAAGUGAAUCCCACGGCAAGAGUAUCGCUGUCAUGCUGCAGGACGACGCGGCUGAUGCCCGUCUCUGCAAUCAGGAGUGGGAAGGCAUGAGGCAAAAUGCUCCCAUUAUUUCGGGUAGCAUGAACGCUCUCCGCCUGCCUGCUUUCUUUGAAAGCCUGGGCCAUUCCAACGUGAUCCUGACUGCGGCCAGCGGUUCUUUCGGCCACAAGGAUGGACCGGCAUCUGGUGCAAUCGCUUGCCGCCAGGUUGAGGAAGCAUGGAAGGCCUGGAAGUCUGGACAGUAUGGCAACGUCAGCUUAAGUGAUGGCGUUGUUGAGUUCGCCAAGACCCACGAGGAGAUCAAGGGUGCUUUCCUCACUUUCCCGAAGGAAGCAGACGAGAUAUACCCGGGCUGGAAGGAGAAGCUAGGCUGCACAGGCGUGGCGUCCGUACCGGCAAGCUCUGUGAAUGCAAAGAUCUCUACAGCCUCUUCAGCCGCCACAGCCGCAGCGCGCAGUGGCACGCUUCCGGCAAAGAUGGCCUCGCAAAGCACGGCAGGAUCAGUGGUCAACCCGUACGCCGGCGGGGUCAAAAGUAUCCAAGCUGCCAGCAGCAACACGGCGCGAACCCUCCUGGGAACAGAAAACAAGUCGCCGGAACUCUCACGGCAGGGGCACGAGGCUGCACUUCAGGAUUCGCCCAAGCAGAAGCUGGACGUCGGCGUGGUGUCCCAGACCGAUCCCCAGGUGAUUUCCAGCGACAAGAAGAUGAGCAUGCGAAUCGAGCGCGCCAGCACGGACUCACAGCUGGUCAAUCCGUCUGCCGGCUUGGCCAAACCCAGCCAUGCUGCCGGCAUUGGCGGGUCGCGCACCGCGGCUGAUGUCCUACAGCGGCGUGGGUCCAUGUCUUUGCUGCAGGAUCCGAUCAAGCAGCACGUUGGCGUCCACACGGCUCGGACCGUGCCCAAGGCCCAGGCCCUGGAGCGCCACGUGGACCUGUCAUUGAAUGAGGCGACCCUGAUGAA